AUGAAACAACAAUUUGUUCUAUUCAUUGUAAGUCUUAUUUUAUUUGAAAUUGAUUAUAAUUCAGCAGCAAAUUGGGCAGUACUUGUUGCUGGUUCGAAUGGUUGGUAUAAUUAUCGUCAUCAAGCUGAUUUGUGUCAUGCUUAUCAAAUUUUACAUAAAAAUGGUAUACCAGACUCAAAUAUUAUUGUUAUGAUGUAUGAUGAUUUAGCUCACAAUCGAGAAAAUCCAACAAAAGGUAUUAUUAUUAAUCAUCCUAAUGGAGCCGAUGUUUAUCAUGGUGUACCACAUGAUUAUAACGGCAAAAAUGUAACACCAAAAAAUUUUAUUAAUAUUUUACUUGGAAAUAAAGAAGCUAUGCGAAAUAUCGGUAGUGGUAAAGUUUUAGAAAGUGGUCCCGAUGAUAAUGUUUUUAUCUAUUUUACUGAUCAUGGUGCUGUUGGUUUAGUUGCUUUUCCAACUGGUGUUCUCUAUGCAAAAGAUUUUAAUGAUACAAUCAUAAAAAUGUAUAAUGAAAAAAAAUAUAAACAAAUGGUCAUCUAUAUUGAAGCAUGUGAAUCAGGUUCAAUGUUUGAAAAUAUUCUUUUAAAUAAUAUAAAUAUAUAUGCAACAACAGCAUCAAAUGCUGAAGAAUCAUCAUAUGCUUGUUAUUUUGAUGAAAAACGUCAAACAUAUUUAGGCGAUCUUUAUUCAGUUGUUUGGAUGGAAGAUUCUGAUGUUGAAAAAAUUAAUCAAGAAUCUUUAUAUCAACAAUAUUUAAUAGCAAAAAGAAAAACAAAUACAAGUCAUGUUAUGCAAUAUGGUGAUCUUAUUUUAGGUAAAACUCAUAAUGUUAGUGAAUUUCAAAGUACAGAAAAUUUUCAACAUAAUUUUAUUCAAAAUUAUGAUAAUAAUAUAUUUCAAUAUGAUGUUGUACCGAGUGAAAGUGUUCGUCUUUCUAUUAUAGCUCGUCGUUUAGCUAAUAUUGAAGAAAAUUCAAUUGAUAAAGAAAAUUUAGAACAUCAAUUGGCUCAAUUAAUUCAUGAGCGAGCUAUAAUUACAAAUAAUAUGCAAAAAAUAGCAUCAAUAGCAGUAUCAAUGAAUCGUGGUGAUUAUUUAGAAACGGUCAUAGAAAAACGUCUGAAACUUACUGAACACGAUUGUUAUAUAUCUGUUACACAAUAUAUUCAAGAAAAAUGUUUUGAUCUUCAAAAUGAAUUUGUUCUCAAUAAAUUAUAUAUUAUGGUUAAUUUAUGUGAAAUUGGUUUAGAUGACUUAAUUAUUAAUCAAGCUAUAGAUCAAAUACAAAUGAUGAACAUAGAUAAUAAUAAUAAUAAAUUUUAUUUCGAAACAAAAAAUUAUUUUAUUCGUUUUGUACCUAAUGAAGAUAAUUUGGAUAUAAUAAAUGGAGAUGAUAAAUUAAAUUUAAUAAUUAAUCCUAUAAGUAGAAAUAUUCGUCAUGCACUUGAAUAUUGUGUUAAUGAUUUAAGACAUGAUCGUGAUAAAACUAUUGAACGACUUCUUAAUGAAAAAACUGCUAAUGAUAUAUUACGUUCUAUUGCACAAUUGUUACUUAGCAACGAUGAUCGUGUCUGUGGUAAUAGUGCUUAUAUAUUGGGUAGUGCAGUAGAAUUAGAAGCAGGUUUAAAACAAUUUUUAACUGUAUUUUCUACUGAUCGUACAUCAAAUACAGUUGAUAUUAUACGAGUAUUAUGUCAUUUAUUAAAACAUUCUGAUUCAGAAUGUGUUUUAAAUGCUGCUGGUACACUCGGUACUAUAUGUAGUUCAAAAGAAGGACGUGAUUUAAUAUUAAAUCAUGCUUGUAUUGCACAAAUGAUUACAAAUACAUCAUCAUUAUUAUCUUCUUCUAAUCCAUGGAUAGCUAGUAAUGUUGCAUUAGUACUUGCUAGAAUUACGGUUGAAGAACUUGGUUGUCAAACAAUAUUGACACAUUUGAAACAUCGAGAAAUUUUAAAUGAACUUAUGUUAGCACUUGAUAUUAGUGAUCCAAGUCGUUCAACAAAUGCUGCUUUUGCUAUUGGACGUUUAAUUGAAAAAGAUGAAGGAAAAAAAAUAUUAAUUUCAGUUUGUGGACAAUAUAAAAUUCUUGAUUCAUUAUUACAUAUGCUUGAAGUUAAUGAAGAAAAAGGUGUAAAUAAAAAUGCUUGUUAUGCAUUAAGUUGUUUAUGUACAACUCAUUAUGGUUUUCAAUUAUGUUUACAAUAUUUAACAGUUUUUCAUCGAAUACUUUUUUCUAUUGAAUCAAUACUUUCAUCGAAUGAACAUGAAAAUGUUUGGUUUGCUUUAAUGUGUCUUAGAACAAUUGCGCAAUAUGAUGGAGCUAAUGAUCAUUUAUGUUAUUCAAAAAAAUUACCAGAAAAAUUAAAACAAAUACGAGAUAAAUGGAUUACACGUAAAGAUGUUCAAGAUGAAGCUAAAUUACUUUGGUAUAUGAUACAUAGAAAUAUGAAACCUAAUCAACCAAAUAUUGACGAAUGUCGAAAUAAUUCUACUGAUAUAUCUUGGGAUUUAUGUAUAGAUAAUUGGGAUAACAAUGAAUUUCAAUAUCGAAUUAUUCUUGAUGACAUACCAAUUGCUGUAACAAAUAAUACAAAUUAUUGUUUAAAAAAUUUAAAAGCAAAUACAAAUUAUAGUGUACAAAUUCAAUAUGUAACAUCUCAUGGUGAUAGUAUUCUUAGUGAUCCAACUAUAUUUCGUACAGAUGAAGAAUUACCACCACCUGUUAAUAAUCUUCAUAUUGUACGUAGAUCAAUGACAGCAGCUCGUAUUACUUGGGAAUCACCAGAUCUUAGUGAAUGUAAUUCAUUUAAAGGCUAUCAAGUUUAUUUAGAUAAUACUGAAUAUGAAUGUACAACUGAAUGUGGAAUAACAAUUAGUUCAUUAACAGCUAGUACAACUUAUCAAAUUGAUGUAUGUGUUAUAAGUAAUAAGGGCAAAGGACCACGUGCAACAAUAAAUUUAAUUACUGCUUCUGCAGGUGAUUCAUAUCCAGCACCACCUACAUUUUCAAUAAUAGGUCGACGUGAAAUACAUAUUAAAUGGCAACCACCAGAAGUUUUAUCUGGCCGUUUUAGUCGUUAUGAACUUUUAUGUAAUAAACGAUGUAUUUAUUCAGGUACAGAUCAAGAAUAUCAUGCAGCAAUGCUAAAACCAGAUACAGAAUAUAUAAUGGAAGUUAUUGUUAUUACAAAUGAAGGUCGAUUUCGUAGUCGACCAGCAAAAGUUCGUACAUUAAAAGAUGAAUUUAAUAAUACACAUCGUCAUUCACUUUAUGAAACACCAUCAUCAAAUCAAAAUUUAUCUAAAUUAAAACGUAUAGAAACAUUUGAUUCAGUUCAACUUUCAGGAACAAAUAGUAUUACUUCAAAAAUAUCAUCAAAAUCUGAACAACGUUUAUCUAAAGAAAAUAAUGUAUCAAAUCGAAAUGUUGAUAUGACAACUGUUCAUACAUUACAAUUAAAACCACAUAAUUUAUCUACUGCUCGAUCAUUACCCGGAUUAGCCAAAGGUGUUCAAUCACGUUCGAUAGGAACAAUUAAAACACGUCAAGUUCAUCGAUCUCAAACAAAUUUAUUAAAUUCAAAUCAACGACAAAUUCAAACACGAAUAACAGCUUCUGUUAUUGUUCCUACACUUGCUAUAGAUCCUGAUCCUAAAAUAACAUGGGCAACAUCUGUUCCACAUAAAGUUACACAAUCAACAUCAUUUCGACUUGCCGUAACAUCAAAACCAUCAUCAAUAUUAAAUGAUACACGAAAAAUUGAUCGUUGUGUAUCAACAUCAUUACCAGAAUUAUCAUUAGAUAUAACACGAAUGAAAACAUUUAUUCCAUCAUAA